AUGGAAGCUUUCAUGCGCUUAGUAGACUACGUUGUCGAAUACGAGUCUGAAUUCAGUGCUGCAUCAAAGGACAUCUCGAAGAACGCUCUUGCGAUGCAACAAGACGAGCUGAGAGAGAUGUGGUGCAAAGCGAACAUGUCCUCAAAGGACUAUGCCCUUAUUAAAAAAAAAUUCAAGAUAGGUGGGCAAUGCUACAUACGUUGCAUGGGGGCAAUGAAGGAUAUGUCUGAGAUCCUCUCAACCCCCAAAGACACCGAAAAAUCUGUUGAGGUAGACAGUAAUCACUCCCUUCCGCCUUGCGAUACGGAUGUUUUCAAAGGGGACUACCUUUCAUGGCCAACAUUCCGGGAUAUGUUCACGGCCGUAUACAUCAAAAGCAAGCGCCUGUCACCUGUUGAGAAAUUAUACCAUCUCAACAAAAAGACACAAGGGGAGGCGAAGGUUAUUGUAUCAAAAUGCCCGCCAACAAAUGAUGGCUUUGCGAUGGCGUGGAAGGGAUUGACUGAUAUGUACGAGAAUGAGCGAAUUCUUGUCGAAACCCAAGUCGACAUACUGCUCGACUUACCGUCAAUCGACAAGGAGUGCUCAAGCUCGAUAAAGUGGCUACAGCGGGAACAGUCUGUAAAGAACAAGACCAAGACAUCGAAGUGGGAGGAAUUGGACAACUUCCUCACGGAUAGAUACCGUGAUUUGGAGGCAAUAGAACGUGCCAAGAAAUCGUCCAAUUCCGCAAAGCCUGUCAGUGCACCCACACAGAAUAAAUACAACAACAAUAGCCAUCAGAACAGACUCGGCGCCUUCCAAGUAAGCGUUGAGAAAUCAACAUGUCUGAUGUGCAAAAGUGCAGAUCACAAAUUAAGAUCUUGCCCCAUGUUUCUUAACAUGGCACCAGCGGACAGGAUCAAGUUCGCUAAGCGCAACAAUCGUUGCAUCAAUUGCCUCGGCUUUGGGCAUUUAGUGUCGCAAUGCACCAGUGCAUUCAACUGCAGCACGUGCCACGCGAGGCAUCACACACUCCUACAUUUGAGGACAGUGCAGCCUAGCAGCCAAAGAGGCUCAUCUACGCCAUCGGACGAGAUUCCGUCUACGUCCAGGCAAGCGCAGCAGAAGCGCAACUUCAACAAGUCGAAAGGCAAGCCAACGACUCAAGUACAGUCGUGCUUCGCUAACAGCGACAAAGGUGUCUUGUUAGGAACGGCACAAAUAAAUAUAAAUUACAGCGGCGUUACCUAUGCCGCAAGAGCACUCAUCGACUCCGGGUCAGAGUGCUCUUUCAUCACAGAAAGGCUGAAGCGUAGAAUCAACUUGCCAGUGAGGAAGAUAAAUGCCCAGGUGUCCGGCAUCAACAACACCGUAUCUGCGCAAGUGAAGGAAGCAUGUUGUGUCGAGUUGCGGUCACCAAUUGACCCACUUGUAUCAAUCACAACGAACAUGAUGGUUCUGCCGAAAUUAACGGGAAACUUGCCGACUUGCUAUAUUAGCGCACUAACUCGGCAGGCUUUCCCAGAUCUCACGUUGGCGGAUAAGAGGUUCUUCGUCAAUGAACCCGUGGACGUCAUACUCGGUGGUGACGUCUAUCCCCAGAUUAUGCUGGAUGGUAUACGCAAGAACGUGCUGGGAUCACUCCUUGCGCAAGAGACCGUGUUCGGUUGGAUAGUCACAGGGCGUGCUAAUACAAUUAAGCCAACCAACACUUGCGUCUCGUAUUACAACGAAAUAUCGCUGGAAAAGCGGUUAGCUUCGUUCUGGGAGUUGGAAGAGAUGUCCAAGGAGAGGAAGUUAAGCGAGGAGGACAGGUAUUGCGAAGAGCUCUAUAAGAAGACAACGAAGCGAAAUGAAGACGGGAAGUACGUUGUAUCGCUACCAUUCAGGAAAGACUAUCCGGUCAACAUUAGUCUAGGUAGUUCCUUAAAGAUUGCGUACUCCCAGUUUUAUCGCAAUGAAGCUCGGUUGUCAAGAGACGAAAACCUGAAAAAAGAAUACAACAGGGUAUUAAACGAAUAUGUUGAGCUGGGUCAUAUGGCAAGGAUACAUACCAAUCAAACGGCCGACUCUAGUAACAACUAUUACCUGCCUCACCACGCCGUAAAGAAGGAAGAGAGCACAUCGACAAAGGUGCGUGUGGUGUUCAAUGCAUCGCAAGCGACUUCAAACGGCACUUCGCUGAAUGACAUCCUUCUCCCCGGUCCAGUUCUUCAAGCAGAUCUGACCAUCUUAAUUCUGCGAUGGCGUUUAUUUAAAUACGUCUUCAAUAGCGAUAUUGAGAAGAUGUAUCGCCAAAUCCUGUUGAAAGCUGAUCAAACGAAGUACCAGCGAAUCGUUUUCCGCAACCAUCCGACCGAACAAACCAAUAUUUUUGAAUUGAAGACGGUGACGUUCGGAAUCAACUGCGCUCCUUAUCUGGCAAUAAGGACGUUACUCCAAUUAGCUGACGACGUUGAAAGCUCACUACCAGUAGCCUCAAACAUCCUCAGGAAAUGCAUGUAUGUUGAUGAUGUCUUAGCAGGUGGACACUCUAUAGAAGCUGCAAUUAAAGCUAGGAAUGAGAUUAGAACAGCAUUGGAGUCAGCAGGUUUCCCAUUAAGAAAAUGGACAGCCAACUGUGGAAGAAUUUUACAAGGCCUUCCAAAAGACCACCUGCUAAACAAAGAGUUUUUAGACUUCGAAGACACAAGUGAUGUCAAGGCUCUUGGGAUAAGGUGGAAUGCGCACACUGACUUCUUCUAUUUUAAAACAAAACCUAUACUCAGCCCAGAAUCAUAUACAAAGAGAGCUAUCCUCUCAGAUAUCGCCAAACUGUUUGACCCAUUAGGAUGGCUAGCACCGAUAAUCGUCACAGCCAAAAUGAUAAUGCAACAUAUUUGGUUGGAAGGAACACCAUGGGACGAGGUUGUAUCUCCUACCACAUUGGAUCGUUGGCACACAUUCAUGGAUAACCACAGGUACAUAAACAACAUUAAAAUUCCACGAUGGGUCCACUUCUCGCCAACGGACGAUGUGUCCAUUCAUGGUUUCUGCGAUGCUUCAGAGAAAGCAUACGCAGCAACGGUCUACCUGCGCGUAAGGACAAGCAACGAAGUUUUCGUCAGCCUACUAUUGGCAAAAACCAGAGUAGCGCCUGUCAAAACUAUCUCUUUACCGCGUCUGGAAUUGUGCGGCGCCGUAUUACUGGCCGAAACAGUUGAAUCUGUCGUCAACAACCUGGAGCUGAAUCAUCUUAAACUUAAACUAUGGACGGAUUCGACCAUCGUUCUCGCAUGGAUUCGCAAGCCACCAUGUUCAUGGUCAACGUUUGUAUCCCAUCGAGUGACAAAGAUUAUAGAAAAGGUUGGCAACGCAAAUUGGAAUCAUGUCGAUUCAGGAUCUAACCCUGCAGACUUAGCCAGUCGGGGACUUAUGGCACAGGAUUUGGUGGAAAACACCUUGUGGUGGCAGGGACCUUCUUGGCUGCAAGAAGAUCAAUCCAAAUGGCCAUUACGACAAAAUGACUACGAGACGACAAUAGAGGAAAAACAGUCUUGCUUAAUUUCAUCCGAAGAAAUUAAAGCAACGACAAGACGUUUGAUAAUAAAUACGCAGAAGCAGAAAUAUGGUCAAGAGUAUGGUUGUUUGAAAUCCGGUAAGCCCAUCGAUGUAAAAAGUGAAAUCCUCUCUCUUAAUCCAUUCCUCGAUAAAGAUCAAGUGAUGAGAACUGGUGGCCGUCUCGCUUCUCAUAUGGGCGGACUUUGGGAAGCAGGUGUGAAAAGCUUUAAGAGUCAUUUCCGCAAGAUUGCGUCUGGGCAAAAAUACACUCUUGAAGAGUUUAACACACUCUUAUGCCGAAUUGAAUCUUGCCUUAAUUCGCGACCAUUAAGCCCAGCCUCAAACGAACCUACUGAUUUGGAGCCACUUACUCCAGGACAUUUUUUGGUCGGCGGACAUCUGAUGGCCCCACCAGAACCGGAUAUAAAUGAAAGCAGUGCCUCUAUCGUAAAUAGAUGGCAAAAACUUAAGGCCUUACAUCAAUCCUUCUGCAAAAGGUGGAAAACCGAAUACCUGAAUGAAAUGCAGAAGCGCAUUAAAUGGAAACAUUCCAAAACAAAUUUAAAGACAGGUGACCUUGUCGUCAUCAAGGAAGACAAUUUGUCACCGAACGAGUGGAGAUUGGGUAGGAUUGUCAAUAUACACCCAGGUGCUGAUACCCGAGUGCGAGUAGUUGACAUUAUCACUGAAAAAGGCCAAGUUACAAGACCGCUUGCCAAAUUGGUCUUACUACCACCCUACGAGGAGGAGAACUUGGAUGCACACCCUACUCAACACAACCGUUCCCCAGCCACAUCGGAAGCCUAG